CUAGCACUACGUGCUUUGAAACCACAACGAGCGAUUUCAUUUCCUCCAUCCUCCAUUACUCGCAAAGCCUCCUACACAAAGGCAAGACGCGGGAUUCAGCGGAUUGUGUUGUGAACAUGGCGACUCCAUGCACUCCGGAAGCAACUGAACCCAAUCCACCAAAAAAGGCAUUGUUCUUCGGAACCAGCGCGAAACAGGGUUUCGUCGUCGUAAAAGCUGGAUCAGAGAAAGUCCAAUAUGACGUACACAAGACUUUGCUCACAUACCACUCCAAGUACUUCUCCAGCGCUCUUAAUGGUUCUUGGAAGGAGGCAGAAGAAAACUCAAUUACCCUCAACGAUAUCGACCCGAAGACUUUUGGGGUUUUCGUUCACUGGCUAUACACUCAGAAGAUUGCAACAGAAGAAGAAGUCGACCACAUGCUCGAGACCUACCCAAGCGACGAACAUGACGACGAUCCAUACAUCACUGUUCUGACAAAAGCGGUUGUAUUUGGUAAUAGGUUUCUGGUCCCCGAUUUUUGCAAAGCUGCACAAAACCACAUCGUUGACUCCAUCUUUGAUCGAGACGAAAUACGCAACCCUACUUUUCUCUAUGCUAGCAAGUAUGCUUUCGAGAACUUGUUAGACGAGCAUCUCAUUUGUACAUUCUUCAUUGAUGCGCAUUGCCGCUAUAUGGUAUGCAAAGGAAGCUACAUGGAUCGUAUUACCACUGGGUGGUUCAAAGAGAAUCUGCCACGUACAUUUCUGGUUGGCCUCAUAGAAAAGUACAGUGUUUUGUUGGCGAAGAGGUCAGGCUUAGGUGGUCUUGACUACAUCAAUUGCUGCAUGUACCAUGCGCAUACAGACGACCGUGAUCGAGACAAAUGUAAACGGAAAAGACGGUUUGCAGAUUGUGUGAGGAGGAUAUGGGAUAGUGAACGCGAAAAAUUCGUUGACAAGUAUACUCGAUGAAAUUCGGAAGGAAUGCCUCAACACAGAGCAUUAAACGACAGAAGAAACCUCGCUGAAGAUGUACAAAGAAGCAC